AUGGCGGCCCUCAUCGUCAUAAGCCGACAAUGGAAACAAACAACUGCUCCAACGAUCCACCAAUGCAUCGCAGCUGUGGAAACGACUAAGACUUAUGAACUUGCAGCAAGGAAAACAGGACGGAACAACACCUAUUGGACCACAGCGUGGACCAUAUGGGAUAGAAAUAACAGCAAGCUGUAA